GCCAAGCCGCGAUGAGGAGCUUCUUACAGUGAAAGGAAAGUAGGUCGCACCCACUGAAAAUGCCUUUAAGGGACAAAUACUGUCAGACGGACCACCAUCAUCACGGAUGCUGUGAACCAGUUUAUAUCCUGGAGCCUGGAGAUCCUCCUUUGUUACAGCAACCACUACAGACAUCCAAAUCUGGUAUUCAACAAAUAAUUGAGUGCUUUCGAUCAGGAACCAAGCAACUUAAGCAUAUUUUAUUGAAAGAUGUGGAUACAAUUUUUGAAUGCAAAUUAUGCCGCAGUCUCUUCAGAGGAUUACCAAAUUUAAUUACCCACAAGAAGUUCUAUUGCCCACCAAGUCUUCAGAUGGAUGACAACCUUCCUGACGUAAAUGAUAAACAAAGCCAAGCCAUAAAUGAUCUCCUAGAAGCCAUAUAUCCAAGUGUGGACAAACGAGAAUAUAUUAUUAAGUUAGAACCCAUAGAAACUAAUCAAAAUGCAGUAUUUCAGUACAUUUCAAGGACUGAUAAUCCUACUGAAGUCACAGAGUCAAGUGGUACUCCUGAGCAAACUGAAGUUCAAAUACAGGAAACUAGCACUGAACAGUCGAAAACAGUAACAGUUACAGACACAGAGGUGGAAACUGUGGAACCUCCUCCUGUUGAGAUUGUUGCUGAUGAAGUUGCACCAGCAUCUGAUGAACAGCCUCAGGAAUCACAGCCUGACCCAGAAACUUCUGACAAUUCUGAUUUUGGUCACCAGUUGAUAUGUUGUCUUUGUAGAAAAGAAUUCAACUCUAGACGAGGUGUUCGUCGCCACAUUAGAAAAGUACACAAGAAAAAGAUGGAAGAAUUAAAAAAGUACAUUGAAACACGAAAGAAUCCAAACCAAUCCUUUAAAGGACGCAGUAAGAAUGUUCUAGUUUCAUUAAGUAGGAGUUGUCCAGUAUGUUGUAAAUCAUUUGCUACAAAAGCGAAUGUAAGGAGGCAUUUUGAUGAAGUUCAUAGAGGACUAAGGAGGGAUUCAAUUACUCCUGAUAUAGCAACAAAGCCCGGGCAACCUUUGUUCCUGGAUUCUGUUUCUCCUAAAAAAUCUUUUAAGACUCGAAAACAAAAGUCGUCUUCAAAGGCUGAAUACAAUUUAACUGCAUGCAAAUGCCUCCUUUGCAAGAGGAAAUAUAGUUCACAAAUAAUGCUUAAAAGACAUAUGCAAAUUGUUCACAAGAUAACUCUUUCUGGAACAAACUCUAAAAGAGAGAAAGGCCCUAAUAAUACUGCCAACAGUUCAGAAAUAAAAGUUAAAGUUGAACCAGCAGAUUCUGUAGAAUCUUCACCCCCUUCCAUUACCCAUUCUCCACAGAAUGAAUUAAAGGGAACAAAUCAUUCAAAUGAAAAAAGGAACACACCGGCAGCACAGAAAAAUAAACUUAAACAAGACUCUGAAAGCCCUAAAUCAACUAGUCCGUCGGCUGCAGGUGGCCAGCAAAAAACCAGGAAACCAAAACUUUCAGCCGGCUUUGACUUUAAGCAACUUUACUGUAAACUUUGUAAACGUCAGUUUACUUCCAAACAGAACUUGACUAAACACAUCGAGUUGCACACAGAUGGAAAUAACAUUUAUGUUAAAUUCUACAAGUGUCCUCUUUGCACUUACGAAACUCGUCGGAAACGUGAUGUGAUACGACAUAUAACUGUGGUUCAUAAAAAGUCAUCUCGCUAUCUUGGGAAAAUAACAGCGAGUUUAGAGAUCAGAGCUAUAAAAAAGCCUAUUGAUUUUGUUCUAAAUAAAGUGGCUAAAAGAGGCCCUUCAAGGGACGAAGCAAAACAUAACGAUUCAAAACAGGACGGCACUUCCAAUUCUCCUAGUAAAAAGUAUGAGGUAGCUGACGUCGGUAUUGAAGUAAAAGUCACAAAAAACUUUUCUCUUCACAGAUGCAAUAAAUGUGGAAAAGCAUUUGCCAAAAAGACUUAUCUUGAACAUCAUAAGAAAACUCAUAAGGCAAAUGCUUCCAAUUCACCUGAAGGAAACAAAACCAAAGGCCGAAGUACAAGAUCUAAGGCUCUUGUCUGAUAACUUCAAGUGAUAUAUGAGAAGGUUGGGAGUUCAUUUUUGUGGAAAGACUAAGUUGGUUAGAACCACUAAGCAUCUUCACGUGGUACUAUGAGGAAAAAAGCAAAACGUUUUCAUAAAAUUUCAACUAUAACUGCUCUUUUUUGACUAAAAUAAUAACCAUGAGCUACUUGUUAAAGUGUGCUUAUUUCCCAGCACUUUGAAGUAGUUCUGGUAUUACAUGUAUCAUAAUCUAACCUUGACCUUGUAUAUUUGGUUUACAAAAAUGUUUCAAAUAUUGUUUCCCAAAUUAUUUGUUGAUUAAUGUGAUCAACAACCUGAGGAAAAUACCUAUUUUUAAUUCACAAAAAUUACACUGUGUCAUAGUGAUUUUAGUUUUGUUUUACUUUACUGGGAAAAAUUUUCACUUGGAUUGAGUGAGUGUAUACUAUGAACAAAAGACAAAUUAAUAUCAACAUAGUAUAAACAUUUAGUCUACUAAGUAAUCAUUUUCACGUCCAUUUCUAACUUGUUCUCUAGCACUUACAUGUUUGAAAGUUUUAUUCUGAAAUACAUAAUGCAGGAAAAUUAACUGCUCAUUUUCAUACAUGGGUCAUAUUUUUAGUUUCUAAACAUCUGAGGUUUUUAUGAGAGAAAACGUCUCCCUAUUUUCUUUAAAUUUUAUAUAAAGCACUUUAAUGAUAGAUGCAACAUUAUUUUUCAAUUUUUUAAAACCACACAUUUACUAAUAUUAAUACGAAGGCAGUAAAUAGCCUACUUAUACUUUAUGGAUGCAGACAAUCUGUGCACAACCACUUCUUAUAAAACUAGCUAAUUUCCUUAAAUGUUGUUAAAAAGGAAGAUGGGGUGUAAACUCUGAUUUUUUUUCUCUUAAGGGGGAAAAAAAUUUAAAUGACCACUUUAGAUAUAUUUGAUUCCUAUUGUAAAAUUUAGAAAAUAAUGAAUUCUUGUCCAUUUUUGUAAUCAAGAUUUUAGGAAAAACAGAAGUACAUCUAUAUGAAAUUUUGGGCAGGUUUUUGUGCAUCAAUAUUUUGUAGUUUUUAGGGAAUACUUCAUUUUUUAGUCAUGUGUCAAAUUAUAAUUUAAAAGGUACAGCAGAAAAUAUACCAUGUUUUUGUAUAGGUUCACACCUGUACUUACAAGGGACCCUUUCUAUCUAUUUACUUUUUGUAUAAAAUUUUAGAAUGUGACGAUCCACAAGGUCAUAAUAAAAUGCUUCUAUAGCUAGGAAAACAUUAACCCUUCUUAGUGCUUUGCACUAAAAUAUACUGUGAAAGGAAAUUAGAAAGACUGUAAUUGUUGCUGGAAAUGUUCUAUAUUGAAUGUACAUGCUCUUGUUUGGGAAAAAAAUGUACUCUAUGUGAUGGAAAUAAACCAUACUCAAAGUUAUUUCAGCUAAAUGAGCUUCAACAAAGGUGCAUUGGUUGAAACUUAAAAUGUUUUAUUAUCAAAUUUAAACUUACUUAGUGAUUUUGAGCAGAUGCUUGAAUUAAAUCCCGGUAGUUUUAUUUUUAAGAAAUAGAAUAAUGAUUUUUCUUUAAUUUAAAAACAUAUUUAGGGACUAAAUGUGUAGGUGGUGUUUCAUUUAUAAACCAUCUUCAUUAUUGCACAUUAUUAAACCUGUAUGUUUGACUUUUUCAAGUUGUUAUCUUUUAUGUAAUUCUUCUA